UAUACAGGUUUGGAACAUAAUGAGGGGGAGUAAAUAAUGACAGAAUUUCUUUAUUUUUUGUGAACUAUCUAUUUAACAUUCAAAUAAAUAAACUAAAUAGGUUACUUGAUAAGGCUACUAAUUGUAAUACAAUCACAUUCAUCAUUCAUGAUUUAUUGCAGGACAUUGUGAGGAAACUACUUCAAAAAAUCCUAGAGUAGAAGCAGAUAGUGAAGAGGAGAGGAUGAGAAAACUACAUCUGGAGGAGUUGUUUGCCUCACUGGAUGCAGAUUUUCAGACAGGCAGUUACACUGAGGAGUUAGAUAGUAAUAAUAAUAUAUUAUUAGAUAAUAGCUUCUGUCUUCAAGAAUCUGUAACACAAUGGAACGAGCAGGAUGAGGGCAGGGUGAUGAGGGCUGAUGACAGAGAUGAGGAAGAUGAUGUGGAGGAUGAUGAUGUGAGGGAUGCUACCUAUGUACCGGAGGAUGAGGGUGAUAAUGAUGAAGAUAGUGAGGAUGUCAAUAGCAGCCACAUUGUUUUUCAAGAGCAGUCUGAAGCUAGUGAACAAAGUAAGAUUCCACAGAUGGGGAAGCCUUGUGGUCCAAUGUGUAGGAAGAAAUGCAUUCAAAAAAUAACAGAGGAUCAAAGGAGACAGAUAUUUACAGCAUAUUGGAACAUGUCCUACAGUGAGAAAAAGAGCUUUAUUUUCCACAUGGUUUCACAGUGCCAGACCAUACGCCACACCUCAGCUGUUCCUAGCAGACGAAUCAGGUCUCUUAAGUACCAUCUGAAUGAUGACCUUGGCCAGCAACAGGAAGUCUGUAAAACUACAUUUUUGACAACUUUGGGCUAUCAUCCAAAAAAUGAUAGAUUGAUAGUCACUGUCAUUGGAAAUACAAUCUUCUCAAGUCUAACACCACCACAAGAACGUAGAGGAAGGCACACUCCCAUCAAUAAAAUUGACAUGGCUCCAAUAUUUGAACACAUUGAAUCAUUUAAUCCCACUUCCAGCCAUUACAGACGUGAGCAUGCCCCACAUAGGAGGUACCUGCCAAGUGAUGUCAGCAUUCAGUUAAUGUUCAAAGAUUACAAGGAAAAAGAGGCUCUCAAAUGUUCCUAUGAAACAUAUAGGAAGGUCAUGAAAGAGAGGAACAUUAGCUUCACUAAGCUGGGUGAAGAGGAGUGUGAAAAUUGCUUGAGGCAAGAUGUCCACGUCAGAGCAGAGCACCAGAAUGAAACCGGCAUUCAGGAAUGUCACUACUGUCAAAAGUGGGAGGAACACAAGAGGAGAGCAGAGAGAGGAAGGCAUCACUACAGGUUGGAUGCAGAAAGAGAAGAGCUUACUGACCUCUCAAUUCGCAGUGUUGACCUCCAGAAAGUCAUCAUGCUGCCCCAAAUGCCUGGGGUAAAGACUGCAGUCUUUACCAAACGCAUCUCAGCCUUUCAUGAAACCUUCGCCAGUGUGGGGAAAAAGUCAUCUUCCAAGAAGAAUAGCAUUUCAGUGAUAUGGCACGAAGGCAUUGCUGGAAGGAAGGCAGAGGAGGUGGCAUCUGCUUUUGUUACAGCACUUAAUGAGGAGCGGGAUGUAAAACACAUAAUUUACUGGGUUGAUAAUUGCACUGCUCAGAACAAAAACUGGUGCCUCCUUACAUCCUUAGUCUGUAUGGUGAAUGACCCGAUGUCCCCACUUGAGGAUAUAACUUUAAAAUACUUCGAACCGGGGCACACCUUCAUGAGUGCAGACAGUUUCCACCAUGGGGUGGAGAAAGAAAUGAGGAAGCGGCCUGGAGGUGCUGUGCUGGAUUUUGAAGAUUUCAAGAACGUCAUUGCUUCCUCCAACUCUGGGAAAGUCAAUGUGGUGGAGAUGAAGAGUACCAACAUCUUGGCAUGGAGGGCUGGCCACUCACAGGUUAAAAUAAAGAAUGCACCAAAUUUGUCUGGAAUGGCUGUUAUUCAGCUGAGGAGGGGGUCAAGAGCGAUGUACUUCAAACUUUCGCAUGAUGAAGAGGAGUUUACACAGUUGGACUUCCUCAUGAAGAAGGUGACAAUGGAGUAUCCAAAAGAAAAGCGAGCUAGAGACAAGGGGAUAGAGAGGGAGAAGAAGUGGGAGAUAAUCACCAAACUUUGCCCAAUGAUGCCCCUUAACCGCCGUCAGUUUUGGGAGAACCUGGCUGAAGAGAAAUGAAUGAGAACUUUACACACACACAUUCACACACUCACUCUCUCUCUCUCUCACACACACACACACACACACACAUACAUACACAUAAGUAUAUCUUACUUACCUACUUGUUGUUCUAUUGUUUUUAUUAAGAUGAAUUGUUAAAACAAAGGAUUUUAAAGCAGGAUUUUUAAAGCAACUUUGUUGUUCUUCUAUUUUUUAAAUUGUGUUAAUUUUGAACUACUGUUUUUAAAGCAA